UAAAAUUCAAACUGUCCUGGUUACUAGCUAAAAUUCAAAGUGUGAAUAUGCACUACAACUAAAAAAGAGCUUUGAUAACACAAUCAUGGUACACAGACUAAAAUAUGUUACAAGUAAAAUUAAAGUAACACAUCAUAUGUGUGCUAACGACCGAUAGUAACACAAAUCAGAUAAGAUCUGAAACUGUGUUACAGGGAUAUCAAGUCAGUAACAUAUAAUUUUGUGUUCUAGAAAAUGAGUUACAAGUAUAUUGACGGAGUAACAUAUAAAUAUGUGUUCGUGGGAAUGUGUUACAUACUUCAGUCUGAUGCAGGAGGCCCGGAUCUAAGGUUUCCCCGGGAGAAGCCCGAGUGUAUUGGUGAUACAAGCAAAGAUGAUGCCUUCCAUAAGGUAACGAUGUCAGGCGUGGUUUUCACCGGCCGCCACGUCACCCCAUACUCCCUCGUCAUCUACAUGAUCUUCACCGCCGGAGAUCGCUGUGGGAUCCCAAGAUCCCUUGCCCCAGAUCCUGAUGAUGCCACCCACCUCCGAAGAGGAGGGUGUCACCUCCGUCAUUGCCGGGGCCGCUGUACUGGCUCCCAUGUGAUGCGGGCGGAGCAGCCCGUCUUGCUGAGGGUAGGCGCAGCAGACAUGACCGCCUCUAGGCCCCAAGGGCCAAGAUUAGGCCACGCCGCCACUGCCAUUGCCUUGCGUUCCGUCCACGGAUGACACACCACCGCCACCGAAGAAGAGAUCAGGGGCGCCGCCCACCCCCCAUGGUCGCGACCAGCUGGAACCCAGUCGGCUCCAUGUGAUGCUGGCUUUGCGCGAUGACACCUCCGACGGUGGCGAUGGGAGGGAAGGGAGGUGCUAGAGGGGGACCAGAGGGCUGGUGAGGAGGGGCUCCCUCAAGUGGCGCGACGCCGCCACCCGGGGGAGGGUUAGAUCGCAUCGACAAAGGUAUAUGCCUACAUUUGUUUCAUCAAGUUGUUAAUCCUCUAAUAGAGUGCUCAUAAAUGUUUUUUGUCAAACUUUUAUCUACGCAAUUUGAAAGUUGCAGAUAACAAUAUUCACAUACUUCUCCCAAAAUUCCUCAUUGCGUUAUAUAUUUUUAAAAAUUACACCCCGUUUCGGAAGGAUGAGGCCGAUCACCCACGAAUUUAGAAGUAUUUUUUUAACUUUUCAGAUAUCGUUAUUAUGCAAGUUCGAUCAAUAGAUUUAUGGUUUUUCUGACAGAAGAAAAAAUCCUUUUCCCCGCUAGAUUAUUUUGUUUGAGAUAACAAAAACGCGGAGGGAAAAUUUUAUCUCUUCCCGCUAAUUAACACUUUUCCCUCAAUUAAUAGCCUAUAUAUAAGCAGCCCCUCUAAUUAAUCAUUUCUCCUCCGCGUUAAACUAAUCUCCUCCGUAAAUAUCUCAUCUGUACAUCACCGAGUCGCCCACCACGGCGGCGCCGCCCCCAACCACGCCUCUCCCACCAUCGCGCCCGUCGCCUCGGUGCUACACACCACAUCCCUCCCGCAGAGCAGUCCAACACCGUGCGCUCCUCCCAUCAAACUGGGAUCUCCGUUCUCCUCAUCCUGGUUCCUGAAGAUUGCUCCCCGUCGUUUAUUCUCGCCAAAUCCCGGUCACCCUGCUAGCACGUUCACCUCGCUGCUCCCGUAAAUACAUGUAUUUGUUCAAGCCCCUCCACCACGUGGUAAUUCGGAAACCACUAGGUGCUUCCUCUGUUUGAUGCUUGUGUUUGAUCUGGAACAUCUUAGGUAAUUGCAACAUUAAUAACCUACACGAGCACUUGCCCCUCUGUUAUUGGUUAGCGCCUCUGUUCUUGUUGCCGUGAGAGUUCCUUACACUGGAUGAAAAAAAUGCUGCAAUGAAAAAUACUUCGUUAUAGUUGCUCCUUGUUAUGCAAUAAGAAAAGGCUUCACACUUUUUGUUACUUUGCAAAAAUCUAUUAAGAAGAAUAUAUGCACGUUUUUCUGGUGCUUCUGGAGAUUUGAUGAGUGAAAGCAUAUGCUUUUAUUCAUAUUGAAAACUGCUUUAUACUUUACCUUAAUUCCAGCUGAAAUUUGUGGACAUUAUCAAUGAGAGAGGGUCCUUCAAAUGUGGUAAUCGCAGCUAUAUUUUUUCUGUCCGUGGGAGAAUGGGAGGUGUCAGCAGAUACCCGUCCCUUCUACUAAUUAUAAUAGCAUUUUUGGGGGCGUACAUACUGUUAUUGAAAUUCAGUUGUUUGUUAAUUUCCUGUUGAACUUAAAUCUAUGACAGAACCAAGCAUGUAUAUUUUUCAGAAAUUAUAAUAAACUCGAUUUUCCAGCUUUAUUGCAACUUGUGGGCAUUUGGAUAUACAAUAGUCAUGUCUGAAACAGAUCUGACUGGUGAACUUGUAAGGGGUUGAUUGAUAUCUUUAUUUAUAUGUACGAUGGUCAUGGACUUGUUGACCGUAUACCUACACUACAAUGAUAGAAAUAAACAGGUCAAAUACAAAUAUCCAUGAUAAGGCGUCAUGUCUUGUAUUAUGAUUUAGUUUGGAUGAUCGAGGGAAUCGGCUUCCACGCAGUUGACUUCCUAUACCAUGAGACAAAAAGACCCACAAGGCAACUCCUAUUUAGUUCACAUCGACGAUCAAAGUUUUGCUGUAAAAAUAUUGUCUGACCCUGAGAUUGAUAAAACUGUGCAUCUUCAUGUAUCAAAGGAGAAGGCUAGCGAUGAUAUUCCUCCACCUAGCAAUCGCAAUGAUGUCGCUCCAUCUAACCAUCCAAAUGGGAGGGCUCUCUUACUGGAUGGUGGUGUGUCUACUGAAGGUGCAGAACAACUUACUGUGAGAAGGCCGCAAAGACAGUUGCGUAGGGCAAAAAGGCUGAAUGUGAUUGGGAUUGCCGACCCGCUUGAUGAUGAAGAUGUAGGCUUCAGUAAUUGUCAGCAAUAUAUUGCACCAAGUGAUAAAUCACAAGCAAUAGAAGAUGAAGGGGGUCGAUUUCACAAUCAAGUUAUAAUUAUAUCUUUGUAGUCAAGGGAAAGGCGCAAAAGUGAAUCUUUUGCAAGACUAGACAAGCAGGAGACAAAAAAA